AUGUAUUUACUAGCAUUUGUUUUGUUUGCUGGUGUAUUCGGACAUAAUAGACAAAAUAAUUCGUCAGUAGACUGGAUUAAUAGAAGUAGAGUGUUGCGACAUUUGUUGAGAAAUUCAAGUAAUAAUAUAAUCUCACCAAACCUUUCCAUAACUGGGCCUAUAGCACCUUCAUUACUUAGACAAAACCCUGUACCUUUCAGUUCAAAUAUAGUAUAUCUUAAUACAGAUAUAAACACAGGCGCCGAUCCACGAACUCCUGCAAUUAAAAGUAGUAAGGGCGGAAAUAACAGAAACCCGCUAAGGCAUCGGUAUUUUCAAAGUGUACAUGCAACUGUCUCGACAAAUAAUAGAUCCGAUGCACUUCAAAACUAUGAGACUGUUAACAUGUUGGACAUACCAGAUUUGUCAGACGGCUUCCGGUCGCAGCCAGGAUCUGAUUUCAGUAACAUUGAUUUAAACACACCAGCCGUUCACACGGGAUCCAUGCCUUAUACCGAAGUCACCGAUGAGGUCUUGCUGCAGACGUACAAGGCGAGAAGCCCUUGCUUUAUGUCGAAGCUUCAUUGGGUGCGUGAUGAGGAAAACUGCUCGGUUUUCUUCGUCUGUGCCAGGAAUCGCGUUGCGGCCAUUCUCACAUGUCCAGAUACCCAAGUAUGGUCAAAUAGAGUGACCAACUGUGUUUCUAUGCAGUCCAGAUGGGAUGACUGCUCGACGAGAAGCCUCAACUCUCAAGGCCACCCAGAAAAUAUCCAAGUUCAAGAUAUCGAUGUGCCAGUUAAUGAUAAAACUGGACAAACUGCCAAUAACCAGAGACUUCCUUCUAAAGAGUUAAAUGAUGAGUAUACCAAAGAGAAAACUCGUCGCUGCCGCCGUACACUCCAGGUUUGUAUAUUUUAUUAUAGUUUCUUGUUCAUGACAUUUCUCUACAAAUGUGGUGUGUCUGUGACAAGCAUGAUCGUCGGAGGUCUUCCAGCCCGCCAGGGGCGUUGGCCUUGGGUGGUUUCUCUCCAACUGUCUUGGGCACGCAGACAUGUUUGUGGAGCCACACUAGUGCACCCCCAGUGGGUUGUCACCGCCGCCCAUUGCGUCGCUGGGCCAGAUUUCAAUUCUGCAGACGAAUGGAGAGCUGUCUUUUGGCAACAUGGAUCGUCCCAAACCAUCGAUUACAUUGCCAAGCAUCCCGACUUUGUCAACGGAGACAACUACCCUAACGACAUUGCCCUCCUUCGACUAUCUCAGCCUGCAGACGUGACCGGGUUCGAUGUUAGACACGCUUGCUUGCCGGCUCGGGACAAGCAGCAGAAGGAAUGGGAAGAGUGUUGGAUCAUGGGAUGGGGCGAAGCCAAAGAGAAUGUGGACACAGAGCUGAAAGAGCUGGAGGUGAACAUCAGGAAAAACUCGGAAUGCUCAGCUCGCUGGGGUUGGAAGAGAAUUCUCAAUUCUCACAUCUGUGUUGGCAAUGGAGACAGGGGAGCCUGCAAUGGCGAUUCUGGUGGACCUCUGAUAUGUCGACAUGAAGGCUACCACUACCUAGCAGGCGUGACCUCAUGGGGAGUCAGCGGAUGUCAAACUACAGGUUACCCCAGCGUGUUCACGCGAGUGGCCUACUACACGGAUUGGGUACAGAAAGUCAUCGAUACACACAGCAAGUGA